GGUGGCUCAACUAAAUAGCACUAACCUAGGAAAAGAGUUCAUCUUAAGCGAGAUGCGACAUACCACCCGGGUUGCAAAUCUGCUCUUCGGCUGCUACCGGCCGGACCUGCUCAUGAUUCUGACAUGCGUGGUUUUCGUUUCUCUUGCCCUGCUGUCGGUCGCAUUGGGGCGAGAAAUGUUGUUCAGUCGGCAAGUCUGGAAAUCUGGGAUCCCAGGAAGGGUCGCAGUUAUCAGACAUGGCCUCUCAUCUGAAGCUGAUCAUUCUUUCCAAUAACCGAGAGUUGAAUGGCGAGCACUGAGCCGGUUAAGCCCGUGUGCAAUUUUGUGAAAACGUAUCCCCUCAAAUCUUCAUUGUCCUCGGUGACUAUUUUGUGUCAGCUCUUGCAAAAGCACUGGUAUUGAGGAAGUGUCAUGGUUAAUGGUUUGAGCGUGGUCCACCAG